AAAUUUCAAACUAGACAAAGACCACAUAGUCCAAACCCCAGUGGAGUCUUAACUACUCCAUAAAUCAGUUCAAACACAACCGGUGUAACUGUUGGGAUUUUUACUUCAUCAAUAUCAACAAACUGAGCUAGAAGAACACAACAAAAGAUCUUGUCCAUACAACACAUUUUCAUGAGAAACCAAGGAUUUUAGCCUCUUCACAUUUUUAUUCAAGUGAAAAGGUGAAAGUUGGGCUCAACCCACGUUGCUUUGAUCCAGCAAAAGUGCAUUUCUUGUGAUUCCGCAUUUUUUAGCCAACCCCUUGACUGUUUUUCAGCAUUCUGUCUUUAACAGUUUCGUUACCUGCUUGCAACUUACUGGACAAUGCAAAGGUGGCCUCACAGAAUCUUUGAUUGUAAUGCAGUGUCAGAAGACUUUAGCUAAAAUGGGACAUAUAGGUCGCAGUACCUUUGUCAAAAAAGCAAAUGAGACUACCAGACUUCUGUUAACAACUUUUAUUGGAGUUUUUUUUGGUUUCGUGAUUGGGGUAUCAUUUCCUGUCCUAUCAAUAAGUAAGCUGAGUCUUUCCUCCGAUUAUCUUCCCCUCUCUGAAUUUAUUCAGGUUAUGGAUCCUAGUAUCCCAGCCCAAGCUAAAGUUCAAACCAAUGAUAAGUCUAAGAUAUGGGUCCCAUCAAAUCCACGAGGUGCGGAAAGAUUACCGCCAGGCAUUGUUGUGCCAGAGUCAGACUUGUAUCCUCGUAGAUUGUACGGUAAACCCAGUGAGGACUUAACUGUCAUUCCAAAGUACCUUGUGACAUUUACCGUUGGUCAUAAGCAGAUGCAUAAUAUUGAUGCCGCUAUUAAGAAGUUUUCAGGUAACUUUACUGUCGUUCUGUUUCAUUAUGAUAAUCGAACAAGUGACUGGGAUGCAUAUGAGUGGUCAAAGAAGGCUAUCCAUAUAAGUGUGCAGAAGCAGACAAAAUGGUGGUUUGCAAAAAGAUUCCUUCAUCCUGAUAUCGUUGCUGCCUAUGAGUACAUAUUUAUCUGGGAUGAAGACCUUGGGGUGGAGCAUUUUGAAUCUGAAGAAUAUAUAAAACUUGUGAAGAAGCAUGGUUUGGAGAUUUCACAGCCUGGUCUAGAGCCGGACGCCAAAGCAUUAACAUGGCAAAUGACCAAGAGAAGAGGCGAUCGUGAAGUUCACAAAGAAACAGAGGAGAAACCCGGCUGGUGCCCAGACCCUCAUUUACCUCCCUGCGCAGGGUUUGUCGAAAUCAUGGCACCUGUAUUUUCUAGAGAAGCAUGGCGCUGUGUAUGGUAUAUGAUUCAGAGUGACUUAGUUCAUGGAUGGGGUCUUGACUUUGCUGUUCGAAAAUGUAUUGAGCCUGCUCACGAGAAAAUAGGUGUUGUAGACGCCCAAUGGAUUGUACAUCAAGGUAUUCCAUCACUAGGGGGACAGGGUGAAUCAAACGACGGGAAGCAACCAUGGCAAGGGGUGAGACAAAGGUGUAGAUCAGAGUGGAAAAUGUUUCAAGAUCGCCUUGCCAAUGCUGAAAAAGAAUAUUACCAAUUGACGGGAACUUCCAGUUCCACAUAACAAGACCAGCUAAAUCAACAGAAGUUGACCAUAUAUCAAAUUUGCUCCAUCAUUCUGCUAUACUGUAAAUUCUAAGUUUAUAGGAUUAAAGAAUUGUUACACCUUAGUUGAUGUUACAGAUACAAUCUUUUUAUUUUGAACUGCAAAGGAAGUCUUAUGUACAAACAUGCAGUGAAAAAAAAACAUGAAAAAAUAUCGAGAUACAGCUAUCAGAUUUUCACAUUCCUGCUGAAGCAAUGCUUCUAGCUGGUUAUGUUAUGCUUUGUAUCUUCGCGUGAAAGGAAGCUCAGCUGUCUAGCAGUCUUAGUCUUGUGUGUGUCUGUUUGUGUGUAAUUGUAUCUGUAGUGAUAAAUGUAGUUGCUUUAUUAAAGAACAUGCUGCUUCAAGUUUUGGUGCUGAUAAGAUGAUGGAGAUUUAUCAUCA